UUUUCUUUCUCCCGCCUACUGUUGGUCACGUGCGUUUCGUCUCGACCAAUGACGAUCGAGUUGGCAGAAGAGUAUGGCCGCGAACUUUUUGAAUGUGUCCAACAGCUUCCUGCCAAGCUGACGGCGCCAGUUCGAUCCCUGUCGAAGAAGUACACACAGCCAGGCGCCCAACCCCACCACUGACGCCGGCCGGCUUCCCACUUGCAACUGUGCGAUUUCGUGUGGAAUCGAACCCUUAGUACUGUAUAUAAAUAUAUAUAUAUAUAUAUUUAGCUGUGUAGGUAUAUAGAUGUAAGGACAUCUAUGUAUAUAUAUGUAUGUAUAUUUCUAUGUUAGGACGUGAACGAGAGCCGGAUCGCACCAAGAAAUAGUUGGAGAAAGAGAAUUAUAUAGAUGUAAGGACAUCUAUGUAUAUAUAUGUAUGUAUAUUUCUGUUAGGAUGUGAAUGAGAGCCGGAUCACACCAAGAAAUAGCUGGAGAAAGAGAAUACAACAUAGGAUACAAGCCGUUACCCUGAAAUUCGAUCACGGAUCACAUUACAUGGAACCACGGCCGCAACACGGAGGACAUCUAGAAAUGUACACAGACACAUGGAGGAUAUAAAUAUAUAUAGACACACGGAGGAUAUAUAGACAUAUAUACUGACGCGCAUAUCUAUAGAUCUAUACGAUCACACAUAUCUAUAGUUAUAUACAAACUUACAUUCACACAUAACUGUUGUUACAUACAUAGUCACACACAUCUAGAUAUAUAUAUAUAUAUAUAUAUAUAUAUAUAUAUAUAUACACACACAUACACAGUAACACCAGCCGCGUGUCGUUUUCCUUUUCUCUCCGAGUGUUCCAACCUCUCCUCCUCUCCUGCACUCUACAACAAUAAUGGCACCAAUCGUUCGGGAAAUAAGAGGUGACAACAACAAGUCAUAACAAUUAGGACCAUUGCUGUGUCCAACAUCACAAUUUUGUUCGCAUCUUAAUUAAACCAAACCGGACCUAAAGCAUUUGUUUCUUAAUUGACUUUUGGUUCUCCCUCCCUCCUUUAUACUCCACGGAUUAUUAAUUACACGGAUAUUGCUGUUGUGUGUAGGACAUAUAUACGAAGUGCCUACGCCAAUCGAGGCAUACACAUGUAUAUGAGCGAGUGUCUGAGUUCACCGAGACACACAGAUAAACAGACACUUAAAAGCGAAUAUCUACGUCCAUCGAGGUACGUACACACUUAAAAGCGGGUGUCUACGUCCAUCGAGGCACAUUACACAGACAUAUAAGUGCAUGUCUACGUCCAUCGAGGCACUACACAUAUAUAUGAGCUAGUGUCUACAUCCACGGAGGCAUACAGAUACACAAACAUCUAAGUUCACUGAGACUUAGCUACGCACAGACACAAGCAGGCGCCUACGUCCACCGAGGCACAGAGAUCUACAAACAAAGCGGAUGUUUAAAUCGAUCGAGUUACACAAAUGUGCAGACACACAAGCGCAUGUCUACGUCCAUCGAGGCACCUACAGACUCUUGUAAACGGGAGUUCUCGUCCAGCGAGGCGUACAGACACACAUACAUUCACGGAAGCGAGUGUGUAAGUCCACCGAGGCACAUAGUCAAACGCAAACAUAACACAACCCCUCCCGGUGUUGAAACACUCGUUAAUUUGGCUCCCAGCUGAAUUGAAACCGAGAUCGCUUUGAUCAGAAAGAAGCGCAUCACCAUUUUUGACAUCAUCAUCAUCAACGUUGUCAAUUAAUUAAUUAAUUAAUUAACCGGAACGAGCGCUACAUUCUUUUGCCGCCCUUAAUUGACCUCGAAUAUCCAGGCUUUCAUUAACAACCACCACCGCCGUCGUCAUUUAACGUUUAACAUCAAUCGCCAUCGUCAUCAACAGCAUCAUCAUCAUUAUCGUCGUAAUCCCAGCUUGAUUGCGAGACCAAAACGGCUUUCUACACAAAGACCAAAACACCACGAGGAGUUUACACACCGCCAGUGACAAUAACAGUAACAACCACUAUUCUUUUUAUUCUUCUUCUUCUUCUUCUUAUUAGUUAUUAUUAGUUUUUACCACUACUGCUGCUAUUAUUAUAAUAUCGGUAUUUUACUAUCAUCUUCGUUUCGAGUUCAAUUCCAAACCUCACCGGAAGUCACCGAAACAAGCAUCUCCGACACAACAUAUUUGUACAUACACACACAAACGCACGCAUUCGUAAAUACAUUCCUAUACAUACAUACAUAUAUAUACAUACACAUAUACAUACAUGUUUUGAAUCGGUUGGUAUAUAAAAAAAAGACAGGUUUGGGCCCUUGUGGCCCUCACCUAAUCUAGCAAUUGAUUAAAUCGAUCAGUAACAAUAAUAAUCCUGAAGAAAAAGGAAGAAGUGGAGGCGAGGAUGCAUCGCCAGGAAGACGACGUGCAGGUGCCUUGCCUGUCGGGGAUUUUGGAUCUGCAGAGAAUGUGCCAAGAAGAGAACGUGAAGUUCUCGUCGGAGACCAACAGAUAUUUGGUUUAUCUAAUGUUGAAGAAAGUCGGCCCCAUGAUGGCAUCAAAGCUGCUAGACAGACUGAUGGAAAGCGGUGAGAUCCUGUGGGACAAAGAUGAAAAAUAUGAAGUGGAAGCUGUAGUGGAUCACACAGAUGAUGAGGCGGCACUCCAAAGUGCGAUGGACAUAAUGGUUUUUGAAACCCCUUAUGUCAUGGCUCACUUGCCACUGAUUUUCUCAGACUUCUGUGGAAAACUUUCCAAUACCAUAGGUUUUUCACAUGUGUUUAUAUGUGUAUACCUUUGGGUUUUGAGUUCUGAAUACAACCGACGUGGUUUCAAUUCCUGGAGCAGGCAGGCAGCAUUUGCUAUUCCCUUUCUCUAUUUCCUUCUUUCUUUUCUUUCCCAGGUAAUAACAAACGAAGAGGCAGAGAGACGAGGCAAACGUUACGAUGCUGAGGGUCGAACCUACCUGUUUGACUUAGAUUACAACGAUGGCGAUUGCCCGUUCACAGUGGAUGCUGGUUACUAUGGAAACGUGUCGCAUUUUGUGAACCAUUCGUGUGACCCCAAUUUGGAAGUGUUCGGUGUGUGGAUUAACACCCUUGAUCCACGCUUACCUCGGAUUGCUUUGUUUGCCAAACGAGAUAUUGCUAAGGGAGAGGAGUUGACCUUCGACUACAUGAUGACAGUCGAUGCCAACCAAUCAGCAUUCAACACUUCUACUUCCUCUGCAAUGGCCGACCCCUCGUCCCCGGGGGCCAACAAGGGCGACGACCACACGAACGAACCCGUCAAGAAGUUGCCCAGCCGCAUGGGGCUGCUCUCUCACACAACAGAUUGCCAUGGAAACGACACCGCCACCACCACCACCGCAAACAACAACAACAACAACAACGACGAGGAAAGUUCCACUAUCCCUGCGGCAGUGGCGGCGGCUGCGGCCCCCACAGGCCUAGCCGAGCCCCCAGCGGCCAACUCUGACAACUCACAAGUCACGCAGCCUCACGACAACAUGAAUGGAACGGGUGACGAUGACAACAGCAGUUCAACAGAAGCCGUCGCCAACACUGUAGACAAUGCUUCUCUCCCCGAGGGCCAAGGCAGUGAGGCCCCUACUACGCUACCUCGCAACGACGCCAAGAUAACAGAGGACGGGAAACAAUAUCGCAUUGUGUGCCAGUGCGGUGCAGCAAACUGCAGGAAAUACCUGUUUUAACAGUGCCAGGCGGUGCAUAGUGCACUGACAUAACCACAUACCUAUAUUUAUAUAUAUGUAUACAUACAUUCAUACACACAUACACACAUACAUACAUACAUGCAUACAUAUACGAUCAGACAGAUUCCGAAGAUACUGGGGGAUGGUCUGCAUUGGAAAGACUCGCAUAUAGUAAAAUGGAUAAACAGAGUGCAGUGAACUUGUAGUGAGGCAUGGAAAAUCCAACAUUUCGUGGAGUGUUCUUCUCCUGCUUCCCAACCGCAUGGUUCCAGGUUCAGUCCUACUGUGUGACACCUUGGGCAAGUUGUCUUCUAUUAUAGCCUUGGGAGUAGAUUUGGUAGACAGAAACUGAAAGAAGCCUGUCGUAUAUAUAUAUAUAUGUGUGUGUGUGUGUGUGUGAGACUGUGUUUGUCCCCCAUCAUCGCUUGACAACUGGUGAUGGUGUGUAUACUUUCCUGUAACUUAGUGGUUUGGCAAAAGAGACCAAUAGAAUAAGUAUCUGGCUUGAAAAAAAAAAAAUUACUGGGGUUUGAUAUUCAUUUUGGCUAAA